GGUUAUUUGAGCAGUCUGUGAGCUCUUGAACAAAAUGCUUCAAACAAUAUAUUUUUCCAUUCUGUCUUCUUUUUAUCUAACUGGUUCGUUUGGUGUUGAGAUCGCUCAAACCCAGACCAUAUCAGCGAUGGAGGGAGAUUCUGUCACUCUACUCACAGAUGUUACUGAACUGCAGAGAGAUAAUGUGCUAUUGUGGACGUUUGGACCUCAAGACACUCACAUCGCUAAAAUCAACAGAGUCCACAAUGAGACGUUUCACAAUGGUGCUGACGGGAGAUUCAGAGACAGACUCGAGCUGGACUCUCAGACUGGAUCUCUGACCAUCACAAACGUCAGCACAGAACUCACUGGACUUUAUAAAGUAGAAAUAGUCACUGAAAAUAAGGUCUCGUGCAAGGAUUUCAUUGUUAAAGUCUAUGCUCAUCUCCCUAUUCCUGUGAUCACCAAAUACUGUCCACAAAAUCCUCCAUCAUCAGUCUCCAGAUGUGAGCUGCUGUGUUCAGCGUUGAAUGUGAGUCGUGUGAAUCUCUCCUGGUACAAACGAAACAGUUUAUUGUCCAGCAUCAGUGUGUCUGAUCUCAGCAGCAGCGUCUCUUUACAUCUGGAGGUGGAAUAUCAAGAUAAAAACAGCUACAACUGUGUGCUCAACAAUCCCAUCAGCAACCAGACUCAACAUCUGGACAUCACUCAACUCUGUCAGAUACUACAUUCAGAUGACUACGUCCACCAUUAUGGUUUUAUAGAAGCUGUGAUCCGAUUGGCUCUCUCUGCUCUGGUGGGCGUGGCUGCUGUUGCUGUACUGCUUUAUGAUGUCAGAUCCAGAUGAGUCUGACGGGAGGACAGAAAGACAAGCAAAACAACUGGAAACGUCACUUGCACUUUUUUAUUAUAUUGUUUUGUUUUAUUUUGUGUUGUCAUUGGCAGAAUUUCCUGUUUCUAUGUUGUGACCAAACCUAAUCUUGAAAGACAUUUCUAAUCAUGUAAAUAAUCAUCAGAUCAAAAGAGCUGUGCCACUGGCCAUGUAUUGAUUUCAUUAUGCAGACAUUUAGCUGUUUAGGAAGGAAACCGCAUAGCUUUGAAUAUAGAAAAAAGUGAGGAGCUUGCAGCUUAUGGGUUCAUUUAAAAUGACUGAAUCUGCAUAAAGAAAUGAAUCUUUUAUAGCUAAUGGAUCUGAUCACAAAGUAGUGAGAUUAAGUUACUAUUGAUCAGAUGAUGAUGGGUGUAUCUGAAAGUCUUGAAAUAGUUUUUCGUGAACUCUCAGAAUGAAACUUACUGUCUCACUGCUCACAGGAACAGAUCUUGUAGCUGUGACUGAGUGUGAUUCAGAUUCAUUAGCCGUAUAAGAGAAGCGAAAGCUUAAAAAGGAGACGAUCGGUCAGUUUUUAUAUGAGUCAGAAGGGCAAACCCUUCAUUAGGUAUAUAGUUUUCUCUUAUAAAGAUGUUCUGAUUGAUUAUUAUGAUGCAA